AUGUCCAGCACCAACCAAAAUCAGACCAAGUCCAACAACAGCAGUAGCAAGUCUGGCAAAAGGACUGCUGUGCCCCAGCUUUCCCAGCCCCCCAGACCCAUUGUUAGCAGCAAGGAAGGAGUCAAAGGCAAUGCAUCCAAGGGCCAGGAGGGCAGAAAGGUGAAUGUCAAACAGUACAUUCCACUCUGCUAUGAUGUCAUGGACCUCAUGUCUUGUCACAGGAGAGAGAUGGAUGUCAAACCACCAACUGCCUCUGCAGCCCUACAGGGUGGAGGAGAUGUAGCAAUGGAGGCGGAACAGAAGAGUGGUGGCAAGAAGAACCCCAAGAAAAAUUCCAAGAAACAUGGACACCAGGACAAAGUGGAAGAGAUAUCAGGAACAGAAACUGGAAGGUUCUCAGAGGCAGUGUCACCACCCAAGGAAAUUCCAACCAGAAAGCAUGGUCCCAAAGCUUCCAAGGGCAAAGGCAAGGUGACAACCACUGAGGUGGCAGACAAGAUCAAACUGGAGAGACAAAGGUUGACAUGCCAUCAGAAAAUCUUUCCAAAGCUAGCUGAUUGUGUCAUGUUGAGCAAGGAUGUUGUGCCCAACAUCAAGAAGACAGAGAUUACUGAGGCAGACAUGCAGAUCAUGGUGAAUGAAAAAGCACUUGCAGACCUGUCACUGGGGCCAACAAGCAAUACAACCUGGAAUGAGGGCCCAUACUCAUACUACAUGAACAUAACCCAAGGUGACUCAAUGACAGAUAUCUGGUGCAGCUCAAGAAUAGCAUCAGCUUUAUACAAAGAAGGUUCAGUUGACCAAGAGUGUCUAUGGGGUGGAGCACAAGGACACAAAGUGGGUCAUGGUUGGUCCACUUCAUCAACAAAGUAUGAAAAGGGAGUUCAGUUGACCAAGAGUAUCUAUGGUGUAGAGCACAAGGACAAGUUGGAACAAAGUGGGUCAUGGUCAAAGGUUUUGAACAUCCUUGUGACCCUGGAAAACAACCAGGAUGCCAAGGAGAAAUAUGUACAAGAAGUGCAGCAUCAACCAGGCAGCACUCAAGUGAACCAGUUGAGUCAGGUGUUGGUGGAUGAAGUGUUGUACAUGAGUGUGAUGAAACUCAUGCACCCCAAACACUUCCAAGGAGGGUCUGUCAAGUCAAAGUUGGACACUGGGUUUACAACUCUGCAGCUUGAAAGCUGGCAGUGUUCCACAGGUGGAAUACAAUUACUUCUGUGUGAAUAUGUCUUGGAUGUAUUCAAAUUCCUGGCAGCACCCAUCCCAGUUCCAAUGUUGACAUCUGUGAGGGAAAAUGCAAGUAAGGAUGAGUUGAACAUGGAUAAGGAGUGCAAGAAGGUGGCACAAGACAUGUGGGCUUUAGCCAUGCAAUCACCAUACUUUGCAUGGGGGAUCAUUCAUGAGUAUGCAAACAUAUGGGGAAGUGCAUGGGCAGAGGUUAUGAAGAAGCAUAGGGAUGGGAACCCAUGGUGCCUCUGGGCUGUGAAUGAUGAAAUCAGCAGAGGCAAUCUGGCCACCACUGAAGGGCAAAGCAUCACACUCAUGGACACCACCAGUGAGGUUGACAAGGUCCAUGCCAGAGUGCAUGCCAAGUUGGAGUGGGUUCACAAGGGGUACAUGCUGCAAACAGGCCACCCAUCUAGCUUCAAGACAUUGCCCAUUGGCAACAAGUUGAUGUUCAACAACAUCCAAUGA